AUGCACGCUAUCAUGAACGUUGCGUAGUGUAAUUAUAGACGGAAUCUACCUGGCAUUCAUUUGUUAGAUACGUACGUAAGGGGUUCUUAUGCGCGCCAACGUAAACGUUGCUUUGUGUAAUUYUUAGACAUAAUCUACRUGGCAUUCCUUUGUUAGAUACGUARGUAAAGCGUUCUUAUGCGCGCUAACGUAAACGUUGCCUAGUGUACCAUACUAUUAGACGUAAUCCACUUGGCAUUGACGUUUUAUAGAUACGUAAGGGAUUCUUAUCCACGCUAACGUUACCUAAUYUUCUUGYUGGAAAUUAGCUURGGCGUAGGUUYUCUAAAGUGCGUAGUUGUUUAUCAAGCUAGAAACGUUUACCUCGUUGAACUUGUUUCAAAUGUGUGCAACGGGAAGAAGGAUUGUCAAAGUAAAUAACUCAGGGCUCUUCUUAGAUGUGUUGACUAUCUUAKAGCUUACGAUUCCUUUCCAUUGGUUUAAUUGAUCGAAGUGAAUAACCAUAAGGUAUUUAUGACCAAGAGUAGUAUUAUUAGUGCAUAAGUACAUCACUUGUAUAAGMACCAUCUUAGUAUUCAAGCGUAGUUAAGUGUAUUUUCGGUCGAACUGGUAAACAACACUAUAGUGUACUUGUACGAGUUUAUGUUGCAGAUAAAGCAGCCUACGGCAGCGAAAACACGACUUUUAUAGCUAGAGCGUCGAAAAACAAGCACAACCUCGUCAGUCUUAGAAAUUAAACGAAAAAAAUGAAAAUUGAACAAGGAAGGAAUAGAACUGAAAAGAAUUUCGACGAAAAUGUUCUCUAGUUUWCUUGAUUAUGAAACGAUAUAUUUUCAGUAUCAGAUAAAGAAAACGCCUUUUUUAUAGCAGAAGUUGAAUGUAUCACCAAACUAGAAGAUAAUGCGCGAAGACAGUUUUGACACCUUGCAAMAUUGACCCUAAACACUUUUUCAUAUGAAAUGGGUUAGAAUAGAUAUCUUUCAUUGUCAACAAUUUCAAAGAUAAACCGACGGACUMUAGGAUUCCCAAAUCAGAUGUUUUUAAUCAUUGCUUUUUUUCCUAAUGUUCGUGUUCUUCUUUGUAUCAUUAGAUUGUAUUGUUAAAGACUGGUCAAUACGUGAUAUUUCUAAAGAGAUCUAUCUGCGUUAUCAAGCCAACGAUAGCUAACUUAUGGUUUAACAAAUCGUUAUCUUAUGAUUGAAGAGGAGCAAAUGGGAUUUACAUUAGCAGAAAGGCCCACUGUCAAUGUAUAAUUGAUAAGAUACCAGAAAUCGAUCCUUUCAUAUCAGAUUUUUUUAUGCUACUUACUGAAUGUUGGUUUAAUGGAUGAAUGGACGAAUGAAUAAAUGAAUGAAUGAUCGAUGUACAGACCUAUAGGUAGAUGAAYCAGUACUGGAUCGAUGAAUGGACGACUAACUGACUGGGUGACUGAAUGAAAAAAUAACUGACUAAAUUACUGACUGACUGACUGAUUGACGGACUGAACAAUGAAUGGAUGACUGACUGGCUGGGUGAAUAAGUGAGUGACCGAAUGAAUAAAUGACUGACUGACUGACUGAAUAUAACUGAAGGACUGAACAAUGAAUGGGUGAACGGGUGAAUGAUUGACUGAUUGACUGACUGACUACCGACUUUCUGACUGACUGACUCGCUGAAAGACUCUUUGAUUGACUCAAUUACUGACUCACUGACUGAUCCAAUAAAAGCAUUUUUAUUCAGUUAUCUAAAAACUUGAGUACCAUUAAAAGCUAGCAAUUGAAAACAAUAUUUCAAAGUAUAUCCAAUAUAGCACUGUGCUAUACAAUAUAUAAAAUAUAGAUUACGAAUCUGUCACGAGACAAAGCAAUAACGGAGUAAAAGUACACACGCACUUGGCGCAUGGAAAUGACGUCAUAGACUUGCUUUAAACAUAGUUAUUGCAGUAUAAAAAGGGCGUUAUACAUCAUUAUGUUGUUAUACUAUUAUAUACCAGUAUAUGUCUAGCUGUAUACGUUGGUACAUUAUUGCAUCAAGAGGUUUUGUAACACUUUGACGCAAUCUCAUGAUUUUAGUGGAGUAAUUGUGCGAUUUUUGGUUUAUCACAUUCAGCAUCGAACGUUCAGCUUAGCACUGACUAGCGUCAAUUGAAUCUGUCCGCCUUAUCAUCAGGAUUAAGCUGCUUUAUACUGAGAUUUAGCCUUAUACUUACAGAUUGGCGUUCCUUUGACUUUCAGGUGGAACCUCAAGGAUCUAAACUUGGCCCUCUACCAAUCACAACCCAUGGCAACGUUAAUAUUCAAUAAUUCCACAACAAGUGGAAACGUAACCCCAAGUGUAAUUGCUAAUAGUUCACCAAGCACAAAGACUGGCUUCACAAUAGCAGUCGUAGUCGUACAAAUCAUCGUGAUAAUCGUCGCUCUUAUUGGAAAUAUCUUAGUAUGCUGCGCCAUCUUGGUUUACGAACGUCUUCGGUCUACUUUAACAAACUAUUUCAUAUUCUCGUUGGCUGUCAGUGAUAUCAUUACAGCGAGCAUCGCCAUGCCUCUUGAUGUUGACGUCAUACUUAAUAACCAUCUCUGGACYCACGGGGAGGUGAUGUGUAACAUUUUUGUAACMGCGUACCUYGUCGCAGCGCCGUUAUCGAUGUUGAAUCUAUUAGCAGUSAGCGUGGACCGAUACAGCGCCAUUACGAACCCUUUYCACUAUAAUACCAUGAUGACGCGUAAGGUGGUUAUAAUAGCSAUUAUAGCACUAUGGACCUAUGCUAUACUAUUCACUGUCAUUGCAAUGCUUGGAUGGCCCUUCUAUCCCACUAGUGUAUAUAAUGGUGUAUGUACCUUUAAUGUCCAGCCCGCCUAUUCAUUGGUCAGUUCCGUSAUCAACUUCGUCUCRCCUACCAUCAUCAUGUGCGUCCUUUAUUACAAAAUCUACAAAGUAGCUCAUGCGCAUGCUCGUAAAAUCAAUAGAAGGGAGAAUUUCUCCCACACGCUUGUGGAAUAUACGAAMUCUMGCUCGUGCGCAGCAACUCCAACUGAACGCAAGAGCUUAAAGAGCUUGACUAAYAACAUUAAAGCAGCYAAAACYAUUGCACUUUUAGUAUCGGGGUUCCUGUUUUGCUGGAUGCCUUACACMUUGGCGUCUAGUAUCUCAAUCCUCUGCGGUCAAGCGUGCUACGAAAGUAUGUCAWCUGAUGUUUUUACAGUCACUUUACUCAUUGCAUAUACCAACUCCGCACUAAACCCGUUCCUAUAUGCGUUCCAUAACAGGGACUUUAGAGAAUCCUUCAGACGACUCACUAAGCUAAAGUUUCAUUAUGUCUAGCUAGGGRAUCUUGAGUCGUAAACUUCAACUUUUUGGGGUACCUUUUAUGAUGAUUGACUUACGAAAUUGCAAUAUAAAGAGUAAUUCAGGAAUUAUAGCUACUCGGCAAUGCGAUAUCGAUAUCCCUUUACCGUGAACAGUGCUUGGGCUACCUGUGCUUUWAGAACUCCCCAGUAAAUAUCUAGAAUAUCAUUGCAAGCAUUAUUCCCCCUGUAAAAGGGCAUAAAAUCAUUGUACAUUAGGAUCAUAAGAGAGUAUUUUGUAUAUGAGCGGAUGGGGUGGAGUUCCUUUCCCUCCCAUUGGCUUUACCCUGAAUUUUGUUAUAUAUAUCAAGGCCGGACCACUCUCGAAAUAGCGUGAUUGCACUUUCUUGAUAAUAAAUAAUCAAAUAAAUA